AUGGGUCGGAUUGCAAAGCUUUGUGUUGUUUUUGUCGCCGUCGUCGUGAGCUGCCCCCGAUUGUUACAUCAGCGCACGACUGGCGAACAGCACACCUUUGUGGAAUCCCUCGAAACCAACCCGCGUGAACGGUUUAGGGAAUCCCCGACGAGGGCGUGGGGGACACAGGCGCACGAGGAUGACGAGGAUCGCUUAUACAGAAGUACCAGCGAAAUGCGGCGAUCGGGCUCAAGCAGCGUGACAAAAUUGCAAAAGCAGAUGAUUGCGGCGGUAGCUCUGGCAGGAUUGCUGCUCCUGGGGUAUACGGUGUGGCGCAGACGCGUGUCCAAGACAAGCGAAAGCACGAAAAUUGACGGAGGGGGCGAUGGCGUACGACGGCUGUUGAACACACAAGCAGUGGGAUGGAGCCGAGAUUUCAGGUUGCGACGAGGGCGGCACGGCAUUCUCAUGGAACUGAUAGACUGUGGAAUCGAGUGGCGGGCCGAGCGCCGCGGUUCUGGGUCUUACCGGAGCUGGAUGCCGGAACAUGAGACAGGGAUGAAAUCUCAGUCGUCCACGAACCGGCACGAGAGACUACGGCAGGCGAUGUCGAGAUUGUCGGAGCACGGGACUUGUCGGAGGAAGGAGCGCGAACUGACGUGCUCCAAAUCCGGGGGGGUUUUGCUCGCCGCUCGUUGUGCGCCUGCCGCCACCGCCUCGGAGGACGCAGGUGCCUUGGCGUAG